CCCUGCCCACUGCCCAAGCCAGUGGCCGCUGGUCCCAUGGGGAGAGCUUGGUUGGGCUGUGUUGUUCCUUUAUGGCCAGAUCUAAAAGCUGUCUCCUGUCCUAGCCUAUAAGGAGGUUGGUCACCCAGUCCUGGAACAAGUGAGAAAAUGAUCUUUCCUCCUCUGUAGAUGAUGCAAGGGUUAAAACAGAGGCUCUCCAUUAUUAUCUCCACAUCUUGGAGUCUUUUUGGUUUGUUUUGUGGUGCUGGGGAUGGAACCCAGGGGAGCUCUACCACAGCCCCUUUUAUUUUGAGACAGGAUCUCACUAGGUUGCCAGGCUGGCCUUGAACGUGGAACCCUCUUGCCUCAGCCUCCUGAGAAUGCAGGACUAUGAGUGUGCGCAAACACUCUGUGAAAUAAUUCACUGUUUAUUGUUGUGCUUUCCCUUCAGGCAUCACCAAACCCACAGCAGUUUUCUGAGAUUAGCACAUUCAAACUCAUCUCAAACUCUGCUUCUGGGAGACUCCAGCCUCCUUCACACACUAGCCUGGGCCCAGUCUUGCACCUUCCCUCACUGCCUCAGCUACUGCCAAGCUGAGCCCUCAAUGCAGAUGCCAUUCUUAGGACUUGCUGUCAGGCAUGGCAGUGCACUCCUGUAACCCCAGCACUCUGGGAGGCUGAGGCAGAAGGAUCACAAGUUGGAGCCCAGCCUGGGAAAUUUAGUGACUUAGCAAAACCCUGUCUCAAAACAAAAAACAAACAAGCAAAAAAUACUCGGGGAUGUAGUUCAGUGUGAAGACCCUGGGUUCAGUCCCCAGUACAACAUCAAACUACAAAACCUUUCCACCCAACUCCCUUGUUUGGCUUCCGCCAGCCCUUCGAGGCAGGGUUUUUCUGUUACCCCUGUUUCCCAGGUGGGAAACUUGAGGUCCAGACAGGCAAAUGAGUUGGCCUCAGUCAUCCUACCGGUAGCGGGGGCUACAGCAGGCACCCAGUCCUGCCCCAUGGUGACGUCAGAGAUAUGUGGCCUUGGGUCCUCAUGUGUUAUCUCUUUAAAGUUUACAUCCCUUCUGGGAGGGAAGGUGGCCAUUACUCCACCUUAUAGAGAGGGGAACUGAGGCCCAGAGAGGAGGGGAGCCCAGGCUCAAACCAGGCAGGGUGGCACAGAGCCCUUCCCGAAACCACCAGGCUGGUGGCCCCUCUGUGUCAUUUUCUCUCAGCAGCUGUGGCUGCUGGGCACUGGGUGUCUGGCUGCCAAUGAGGCCAUCUGGAGAGAGGAGGAGGGGCCACAUGGUGACCUGACCGAGGGCCCCAGGCUGAGCCCAGGCCUCCCUGACCCCAGCUGCUGGCCUCUGCUCCUUGGGGAGCGUCCCAAGCUCCAGAGCCCCUCUCUGUUCCCAUCCCUGGGUCUGCGGUCAGCCGGUCGGCCCAAAUACCAGACAGGGCAAAUCUCAGCUUUGCCUCCAACAUUCCUGGUUCCCACAGCCCGGCCAGGCUGGCUGAGGUUACAGAAGCAGAGCUGGGGCGGUGGGGGGAGGCCUAGGGCGACUGAGAGGAUGGGCUGGCUUGGCCUCACCACCCCAUCCGGCCGCCCACUGCCUUCCCCAGGGCGGGGAAGGGGGUGGGCCAGCUCCCUGGAGCCCAGGAGAAGGGUGUGUGUGGAGGCGGUGACAGCGCUGAGAUGGAAGGAGGUGACCGCCUGGCUUGCAUUUGGGUGAGAAGGCAGAGCAGGCCUGGCAAUGCAGCUGAGCUUACUGUUGCUGCUGCUGCUGCCGCCAGGGCCCCUGCCUGUUCCUGGCAUGGAGGACCCCGACUUUCCCCACCCGGGAGAGAGCUCGCAGCCCCCACCCCGGGCCUGUCCCUGGCGCUGCUCCUGUCCCCAGGCUGACGUGGUAGACUGUGCUGGGCUGGACCUGCAUGAGUUCCCGGAUAAUAUUACCAGGGAGACCCGGUACCUCUCCCUGCAGAACAACCAGCUCCGGGAGCUCCCCUACAAUGAGCUGUCCCACCUCAGUGCCCUGCGCACACUCAAUCUACACAACAACUUCAUCUCUUCCGAGGGUGAGGGCCUGGGGCAGGUGUGUGGGGUGCACGAGGUCCCCUCUACCCUCUGUGUCCCAGGCUUCGGGCAGCUCUGUGGUUCCCAGCAGCAGCCUCUCCUGAGGACAGAAACCUGGGCUGUGGCGGCUGUAGCUCUGAGGAGGGACGGGGCGAAGCACCUCCUUAGGGGCCCAGCUCGAAGCCCUCCAGACCCCUCCCCAUACCCACACACCGGGUCCCUCACGGCUGCUGCCCCGCCCCCAGGCCUGCCUGAUGAGGCCUUCGAGUCCCUGGGGCAGCUACAGCACCUCUACGUGGCCCACAACCAGCUCUCAGUGGCCCCCCAGUUCCUGCCACGCUCCCUCCGUGUGGCUGAUCUGGCCGCCAAUCAAGUGACAGAGAUCUUCUCGCUCACCUUUGGGGAGAAGCCCGCCCUCAGCCUCUCCAGCAACCGGCUCAGCUACCUGCCACCCAGCCUGCCCACCUCGCUGGAGCGGCUGCACCUACAGAACAACCUCAUUUCCAAGGUGCCCCGAGGAGCCCUGAGCCGCCAGACCCAGCUCCGUGAGUUGUACCUUCAGCACAACCAACUGACAGACAGUGGCCUGGAUGCCACUACCUUCAGCAAGCUGCACAGCCUGGAGUACCUGGAUUUGUCACACAACCGACUGACCAUGGUGCCCGCUGGCCUGCCCAAGACCUUGACCAUUCUGCACUUGGGGCGCAACCGCAUCCGGCAGGUGGAGGCGGCCCGGCUGCGCGGGGCCAGGGGCCUGCGGUACCUGCUGCUGCAGCACAAUGAGCUGGGGGCCACAGGGCUGCCGGCCAGGGCGCUGCGCCCUCUGCGGAACCUGCAUGCACUACACCUCUAUGGGAACCAGCUGGAACAUGUGCCCCCCGCACUGCCACGCCGCCUGUGGGCCUUGCUGAUGCCCCACAACCACGUGGCUGCGCUGGGUGCCCGUGACCUGGCCUCCACACCAGGCCUAGCCGAGCUCAACCUGGCCUACAACCGGCUGACCAGUGCCCGCCUGCACCACCGGGCCUUCCACCGCCUGUGCGCCCUGCGCUGCCUCGACCUGGCCGGCAAUCAGCUGACCCAGGUGCCCGCGGGCCUGCCUGGAGGCCUGCGCACCCUGCGCCUGCAGUGCAACCAGCUGCACACCCUGGAGCCCGAGUCACUGGCUGGGCUGGGUGAGCUGCAGGAGCUCAGACUGGCGCACAACCGGCUGCGCAUCGGUGACAUCGGGCCCGGCACGUGGCAUGAGCUGCAGGCCCUCCAGGUACUGGACCUGAGCCACAACGAGCUGUCCUUUGUGCCCCCUGAUCUGCCUGAGGCCCUGGAGGAGCUGCAUCUGCAGGGCAACCGUGUCGGCCACGUGGGACCCGAAGCCUUCCUCAGCACACCACGCCUGCGUGUCCUCAUCCUCAGGGGCAACCGGCUGCACAUGACCAGCAUAGCGGAGGAGGCCUUCCUGGGCCUCCCACACCUGCGCGUGGUGGACACGGCUGACAAUCUCGAACAGGUCCUGGUCCGGCUGCCAUCCACUACCCAGCAUCGGCCCCGGGCAGGGGGCUCCUGAGCCUGCAGAACAGCCCCAAGCCCUAGGGCUCAGUGGGGCAUGGACUGACGGGGGACAGUGGGGCUCUGGGGCUGCCGCCGCCGAGGGAGAGAUGGAGCCAGAGACAAUAAAGCCUACCCCUUUCUAGCACUCACCUGGGACCAGCGCCCUUCUCGGGGUUCUGCCCUCUGCCACCUCCCCACACCUUGGAGUCAAACCGGUGAAACAGGCUCUGGAUGCCAAGGAGAGCAAGGAGCUGGGUCCAGCAUUCCUCUCCAGUGCAGGACUGGACUGGAUUCUGAGGUUCUGAGACACGUGGUCACCAAGCAACGUGAUCUAUGAUCCAGCCUCAGAAGCAACCCCCACAAUGCCCAAGGCCCCCUGCUGAAUCUGUGUACAGACCCCGGCAGCAUCCCACAGCGCAUGUGCGGCACAAGUCCUCAUCCCACCCGCCCCUCCCUGGGGGCUUGGG